AUGAAGGGGAUGCACAGGAUCCCUUUUGGUACCAGGAUUUUCAGAAGUAAUUUGAAUCUAUCGGGAAUUUGGUUUUUCUCUGGAUUUGGCCUGCGUUUGAGUGAUGCUGGCUUGGCUACUGAGAGCUCCAUUCUUGGGCUGUCUAGGGGCCUCCGACUUUUCAGGGUUAGUGGCAUUAGAAGUAGAGAUGGCAAAUGCAGCCUCUCUGAGGCUCACCAUUUCUUUCUUUGGUGGUUCAGUUACUUCCAUGGCUGCUUCCUACGAGAGUGCAAUCACCUAAAGAAGAGUGUACGUGUGUUGAGGAUCCAGAACAUACAGCUGUGGAAGGAGCAGAUUGAACUGCAAAAGACCUGUGAGGAGGUGAAGAAACUCUUGAAGGAGGCCCAUGAGAAGAUCUGUGACCCCUGUGCUGAGCAGCAGCAGGAGCAGGAAAACCUGGAGGAAAGACUGAAGGACCUCCUGAAGCAGAAGGAGCUGGUCACCCAGCAAAGGGACUUGGCAGAAAAGCUGCAACAUCACUUCAGUGUCUCUGAGAUGAGGUCAGAAAAUCUGCACCACAAGCUGGAACAUGUCACAGCCCAGGAUGAGAGCCUCCUGCAGACAGAGCUGCUGCAGCAGGAGCAGGAAGUAUCACAGGCAAGUGAGCCACCACUGCAUUCCAACCCCUGCAACCAUGGCAUUCAUGGGGACUGGGGGCUCUUGACAUUGGCUUCCGAUGUGAAUAGACCCUGA